AUGGCUGGAGAUGAGGAGAAGCAUGUGAUGCUGACUGAUACAGAAAACGAGGGUUUCAACGACGAAGAUGAAGAAGAUGAUGAUGAAGAACAAGAUGACCAUCAAGACAAUAUAGGAGCUUUUGAGAAUUUUGUUCCGAGCCCUCCUGUUCCUCUGAAACUGCAGAUUGAGAAAGACAAGGAAGAUGAGAGUUUAAGAAGAUGGAAAGAAACGCUUCUUGGCUGCCUCGAAAGUAAUUUGAAUGAUGAAACGGAGACUGAAGUUAAAUUUCACUCUAUCGGGAUCUUAUCCCCUGAUUUUAGUGAAAUAACUGCUCCCUACCCCAUUCCUGAAAAACAAAGCAAGAACAUAUUUUUCACUAUGAAUGAGGGUUCUGAGUACGGGCUUAAGCUCACAUUCUCUGUCCUUUCAUAA